AUGACUCACAUAUCCCUUGAAGGGGAGUUGCAAAUAAUUCAAGAAAUAGCUUAUGAUUGUUACAAUGACAUGAACGAGCCGUUGUUCAGCAACAACCCCUCGCUCUCGCUGCCUACUCCUUAUACAAUUUCCGAUACCAAAAACAAGUUCAUUGUGGUUGGUUGUGAUGCUUUAGCACUAUUUCAAGGCCACCGGGGGGAUGAGAACUACACAACCGGGUGUAUGUCAAUAUGUAACGACAAUGUUGGCAGUGCUAAUGCAUCUUGCUCUGGUAUUGGGUGCUGCCAAACUUCCAUCCCUAGUGGUCUUCAGAGUCUUGGUAUGAAAACGGAUCAGUUUGUUAAUGAGGUUAUUGUUCUUUCUCAAAUCAACCACAGAAAUGUAGUAAGGUUAUUAGGUUGUUGUUUAGAGACAGAAGUCCCUUUACUAGUACAUGAGUUCAUCACCCAGGGCACUCUAUUUGAGCACAUUCACAAGAAUAAGGGUAAAGGGUCAUUACUUUCAUGGGAACUCCGAUUGAAGAUAGCAUCAGAAACUGCAGGAGCAUUAGCAUACUUGCACUCCUCCACUUCCACACCAAUCAUUCACCGGGAUGUGAAGACAAUGAAUAUACUGUUAGAUGACAACUACACAGCCAAAGUGUCAGAUUUUGGAGCUUCACGUUUCAUUCCUAUCGAUCAGACUCAACUAGCAACAUUGGUGCAAGGGACAUUUGGAUAUUUGGACCCUGAAUACUUCCAUUCAAAUCAACUAACAGAAAAGAGUGACGUCUAUAGCUUUGGAGUGGUACUAGCAGAGCUACUCACAAGUAGAGUAGCUCUUUCUUUUGCAAGGCCUGAGGCAGAGAGAUGCCUUGCACACUUUUUUGUUUGUUCGGUGGAAGAUGGCAACUUGAACCAAAUUCUAUGUGAUGACAUUGUUAAGGAAGAAGAUAUUGAUCAGAGAGUCAUAGAGAAUGUAGCACAUCUUGCAAAGAGAUGUUUGAGGGUAAAAGGGGAGGAAAGGCCUACCAUGAGAGAAGUAACCAUGGAGCUAGAAGGAAUGAUUAUGACAAAGCAUCCAUGGGGUUCUGCAGAUCAUAACUUCCCAGAAGAGACUAUGCACUUGCUGGGAUCACCUAAUACUUUCAUGGAUUACAUUGUCGAUGUUGAUGGCGAUGGUGGUCCUGGUACAACCAGUGCGUGUGACAGCAUGCAACUCGAAUUGUUAAAUUCAUAUGCUGAUGGGCGAUAG